UCCAACACUGGCGAAACAGCUGACCAAGAACUAUUUACAAUUUUUUGUGUUAAGAAAAUGAACACAAUUCGACCAUGCGGCUGCAAGGGCGUACGAACCUGUUUGAGCUGUGAAAAGGACUUCCAAAUAGCCAAACCGUCGCUGCACGAACAGUUCCAACAGCUGGAACCCUGGUCAUAUUGCAUUCAGUGUGAACGUCUGUACUCCGGCUGGGACACGACUGCGGUUCAGGCGGAACACCAGCAGCACGACAAGGCGAAAGGUCUCCCACUCCCUGGGGUUCUAGUGCAGGAACAGUUUCUCAGCAAGGAUGAGGGCGCCCAGUUGAUGGCCGACUUGGAUACGCUGCGCUGGGACAUUUCCCAGAGCGGACGCCGGAAGCAGAACUUUGGCCCCAAGACGAACUUCAAGAAGCGCAAGCUGCAGGUGGGCACAUUCGCCGGCUUUCCUAAGAGCACAGAGUAUGUUCAGCGCCGUUUCGAUGAGGUGCCGGUGCUGCGCAACUUCCAGACCAUUGAGCAGUGCUCCCUGGAGUACGAGCCCAGCAAGGGGGCCAGCAUAGAUCCGCAUGUGGACGACUGCUGGAUCUGGGGCGAGCGUGUGGUGACUGUCAACUGUCUGGGCGAUGCCGUGCUCACCCUCACCGUCUAUGAGGAGCAGCAGGCGGGCAAGUACAACCUGGAUAUGGUGGCCGAGUACGAGAAUGAGCUGCUGGAGCCACUGCUUCCCGAUGAACAGUUCUCGGAAUACAAGGGAAAGGUGCUCCGCAUACCCAUGCCAAACCUCUCGCUGAUUGUUUUGUACGGGCCGGCGCGCUAUCAGUUUGAGCAUUCCGUGCUCCGCGAGGAUGUGGUGGAGCGACGCGUUUGCAUUGCCUACAGGGAGUUUACGCCCAUGUACAUUGCUGGAGCUGACCAGCAGAAGGGUGAUCCUGUGAGGGAAAAGUCGCAAAUCUUUUGGCAAAUAAACUAACUUUAAU